GAGUAUGUUUAUAAACAGCCAUUAGUACACGAGUAUGUUUAUAAACAGCCAUUAUAUGUUCAUAAACAGCCAUUAGUACACGAGUAUGUUUAUAAACAGCCAUUAGUACACGAGUAUGUUUAUAAACAGCCAUUAAUACACGAGUUUGUUUAUAAACAGCUAUUAGUAUACGAGUAUGUUUAUAAACAGCCAUUAGUACACGAGUAUGUUUAUAAACAGCCAUUAAUACACGAGUUUGUUUAUAAACAGCUAUUAGUACACGAGUAUGUUUAUAAACAGCUUUUAGUACACGAGUAUAUUUAUAAACAUCCAUUAGUAAACGAGUAUGUUUAUAAACAGCCAUUAGUACACGAGUAUGUUUAUAAACAGCCAUUAAUACACGAGUUUGUUUAUAAACAGCCAUUAGUACACGAGUAUGUUUAUAAACAGCCAUUAAUACACGAGUAUGUUUAUAAACAGCUAUUAAUACACGAGUUUGUUUAUAAACAUCCAUGUUCUCCAUUAAUACACGAGUAUGUGUAUAAACAGCCAUUAAUACACGAGUAUGUUUAUGAACAGCCAUUAGUACACGAGUAUGUUUAUAAACAGCCAUUAGUACACGAGUAUGUUUAUAAACAGCCAUUAAUACACGAGUAUGUUUAUGAACAGCCAUUAGUACACGAGUAUGUUUAUAAACAGCCAUUAGUACACGAGUAUGUUUAUAAACAGCUAUUAGUACACGAGUGUGUUUAUAAACAGCCAUUACCAUUAGUACACGAGUAUGUUUAUAAACAGCUAUUAGUACACGAGUGUGUUUAUAAACAUCCAUUAGUACACGAGUAUGUUUGUAAACAGCUUUUAGUACACGAGUGUGUUUAUAAACAGCCAUUAGUACACGAGUAUGUUUAUAAACAGCCAUUAGUACACGAGUAUGUUUAUAAACAGCCAUUAGUACACGAGUAUGUUUAUAAACAACCAUUAGUACAUGAGUAUUAUGUUUAUAAACAACCAUUAGUACACGAGUAUGUUUGUAAACAGCUUUUAGUACACGAGUGUGUUUAUAAACAUCCAUUAGUACACGAGUAUGUUUAUAAACAGCCAUUAGUACACGAGUAUGUUUAUAAACAGCUAUUAGUACACGAGUAUGUUUAUGAACAGCCAUUAGUACACGAGUAUGUUUAUGAACAGCUAUUAGUACACGAGUAUUAUGUUUAUAAACAACCAUUAGUACACGAGUAUGUUUAUAAACAGCCAUUAGUACACGAGUAUGUUUAUAAACAGCCAUUAGUACACGAGUAUGUUUAUAAACAGCCAUUAGUACACGAGUAUGUUUAUAAACAACCAUUAGUAAACGAGUGUGUUUAUAAACAGCUAUUAGUAAACGAGUAUGUUUAUAAACAUAAACGAGCAAACUAUAUUGUAGUGUAA